GGAAUCGUCCCUGCUGGAAGCCCCCGCCUAGGUGACUUCACUGCGUGUAACUCGGAGCUAGUGAGACAAAAAGAAGAGAAUCAGCCGAGAGAGCGGACGGAGCCUUGAAGACUGAGAAAGCAGAAUGGCAGAUAAUCAGAAUGGAGUACAUGCAGGAGGGGACAGAACUGAUGCUGGAACAUAUUCAUCCAGCCAGCAAAUUAAUUUGAAGGGUGGAGCAGCAAAGGAAAUGGAGUCAAAGUUUAAUCAUCUCUUCAGAUACAGCACAGACUACCCAGAGAUGGGAUUGUGUGUAAUUGUUAAUAACAAGAAUUUCCAUCCAACCACAAGAAUGGGAAUGCGGAAUGGAACUGAUUUAGAUGCCCAAAAAUUACAGCUUACAUUUAAAAAUCUUGGUUACAAAGUGCAUGUUUACAAUGAUCUGAAGUGCUCUGACAUCUUUGAACUUUUGAAAAAAAUGGCUGAGGAUGACCACAGCAAAAGAAGUUCAUUUGUUUGUGCACUAUUGAGCCACGGUGAGGACGGCUUGUUAUAUGGAGUAGAUGACGCCAUGCCUAUUAAACGACUGACAUCCCUUUUCCGAGGUGACAAAUGCAAGACCUUGGUGGGCAAACCCAAAUUAUUCUUUAUUCAGGCUUGCAGGGGAACAGAGCUUGACUCAGGAGUGGAAACAGACAGUGGAAGUGGAUCACAAGACGAAAACCACAGGAUCCCAGUUGAAGCAGAUUUCCUAUAUGCCUAUUCUACAGUACCUGGGUACUACUCUUGGAGAAACACAGUAAAUGGCUCCUGGUUCAUCCAGUCUCUUUGUGAAAUGCUAAAAUUGCAUCGCCGACAACUUGAACUUAUCCAGAUUCUCACAUGUGUAAAUCACAUGGUGGCCUUGGAAUUUGAAUCCUGUUCAACUCAACUAGACUUUCACGCAAAGAAACAGAUCCCAUGUGUUGUGUCCAUGCUCACAAAAGCAUUCUAUUUUCCAUAAGAAAGAGGAACCUGCUGCCAGUUGAAUGAUACAGUACCUGGUAUACAAUUCACUCCUUCAUUCCGUACAGGGGAAGCAUGAACAGGAAGGUUACACACAGACUGUUGUGCAUUGACCUUGCUUCUGUAACCAGGUCUGAUGAUAAAUAUUAGACUGGUUGAGAAAGAAAGAAGAAAACUGAAUGCAGUCUGAGGUUUAUUGAGGGGCUAAUAUACAAUAACAGGAACAGAAUAAAGGUAGCUAGAAUCUGAUUGGUUGUUUUAACAGCGCCUUUUCUUUCUGCUCCAGUUUUUAUAUAUAAGCCCACUAGAUUUAUAAUUUCUGUUAGUGCAGGUUCUUAUUUCAGUUAGGGCAGAAAGUGACACUGUAUAAGACUUCUUGUGAUCUUGUUAUUUGACUAAGUGCAUGCGACUUGGAUAGCAUGUUUUGUCAUGUGUUUGGUAUAAACAAAUGUCAUUAAGUUUAUUGUAGGUUAAUGUAUUUUCUACAAUUUAGCCUUAGUAUUAAAUCCAAAGCCCGGAAAGCUUUGUGGAAUCAGGGAAUGUAAAUUUAACCAUCUAUUCAUACUUGACAUUUGAAGACAUACCUAAAAAGCCUUGGUAUACCAGCUACUUGAAAUACUAAAAAUGUAAAAAGAAAAAUAAUUUUAGUAUGAUUUGUAUUUGUUAUGUGGUGUAUAUUAUGCUCAAGUGGAAUGAAUUUAUUAGUAAAUUGGUUGUAUCGUACAAUUAUAAUUACACUAAUAAUUUUCUAGAAAAAAAA